GAGCUCAACAGAUGUAAGCAGCCCUGUCUUCUCUAACCUCUCAGCUCAAAUAUGGGACACUUCAAGACACGAGUAUUGAUCAUCUCCUGCUUAUUGUUUACGUGUUAUGAAGCAGAAAAAUUAAAAACCAGAGGUCUGCGCCAGAAGGAUGUUGACUACAUAGAGAAAUAUUCCAGCUGCCUCCAGGGUCCAGCAGGCACCCCGGGAAGGGAGGGAAAUCCAGGAGUGAAUGGAAUUCCAGGUACUCCUGGUAUACCGGGCCGGGAUGGUGCAAAAGGAGAGAAGGGUGAGUGUGUGACAGAGAGGUUUGAAGAGCCAUGGAAACCCAACUACAAGCAGUGUGCCUGGAACGCUCUCAACUACGGCAUUGACCUGGGCAAAAUUACAGAGUGUACGUUCACUAAGAAGCAUGCAGACAGUGCUCUCCGUGUGCUGUUCAGCGGCUCACUCAGGCUGAAGUGUAAGACAGCUUGUUGCCAGCGCUGGUACUUCACUUUUAAUGGGGCAGAAUGUGCUUCUCCGCUGUCUAUAGAGUCCAUCAUUUACCUGGACCAGGGAAGUCCAGAAUUCAACUCCACCAUCAACAUACACAGAACCACGUCAGUUGAAGGUUUAUGUGAAGGAUUGCGGAAAGGCCUGGUGGAUGUUGCGAUCUGGGUGGGAACCUGCGGAGACUAUCCACACGGAGACGCUUCCACCGGCUGGAAUUCUGUUUCCCGCGUGAUCAUAGAAGAGCUUCCUCUGAGCAGCUGAGUCCAGAAACGUCCAAGCACUUACUGUCCUAUGACAUUCUGAAUUGCUUACUACACUCUUCUAAAGGUUCUUUAUUGGCUUUGAUGGUUCCAUGGAACCUUUUAAUUCCACAAAAUGUUCUUUAAAGUUCCAAAAAGGUGGUUUUUCACAGUGAUGCCAUAGAACCAUGAUCUUUGGUUCCUUAGUUCUCAAAAUAAUCUUUUUUUCUUAGUGUGCUGAACAUUUGAAUCAUCUAAACCAGGAGUCUUCAAACAGUCUGGUUCAUAAUGUCAAUGGCAGCACCAUUUUACAGUUACAGUUUCACUGUUUCCGCAGUAUAAAGUGAGCAAAACAACAGAUCUGUGCACAACACCACGCUCAGGUCAUUACUGUAUAUCUUUAUUUAGAACCAUUCAAACCCUUUUCAGAGACAUAAAUCACUAUAAGAGCUACAGAUGAUGAGGUUAUUUUUACUUUAUUGGUAUCAAUAGUUUCACAAAGAAUCUUUACCAUCCAUGGAUCCUUUUCAUUUCACAAAAGGUUCUUUAGAUUAUUAAAACGUUCUUCACACUCAGAAAAAAACAUGGUUCUUUUAAGAACUGUUCACUCUUUGGGAAGUUUUUGGGAAAAAGAAAAGACUUUUGGAAUCUCUACUUCCUUCAACCCUUGAUUUAUUUCUAAGAAGUACUUCUGCAGCAUUUGUUUGCAGAUGUCACUUGGUUUGAUAUUUUGUGACGUUAUAUUUAAGUUGAACAGCUCUCUCUUGAGUUCUGCCUCUACAAGCAAGGGCUGAAACAAUCACAUAACCUUGGAUAGUAGUGACAGACUCUUAAAACAAACUACAGCAAAAGAAAGUUUGUAAGUAAUUAUGUUUAACAAUUCGAGUCUGGACAGCUUCUGUAAAAACUCUGAAUACAUUUUAUUGGCUAACUUUAAAUGUCAAUAAAGUUUUUUAAAGAACUCCUAACUUGGGUUCAUGUUCUUCAAAGAGCGUCGAGUAUUAACCUAUGAGCGUAACCAAUUUUAAGGCCAUGAAUUUGAGCUCAUUAACACAAAUGUCAGCAAUGAGCCUGAAAUGUCAGAUUCAGGAAAUCUGUGUGUGCUUGUGAUUGGAGGAAAAAAGCCUGAGGUUUGAACAGGACACAGCAGCAAUCAACAUGGAUCUAAACAUGAAGUAGACUUAUACACAUAAAACAGUUUUACCAUUGAUUUCCCCUGAUGACUUACGAUUAAGGCUGGGCAAUAUAUAGCUAAAAACAAAAACAAAUGGUGUCACAAUUUUUCUAACAAUAUUUGAAAUACAGAUCUCAAAAUGUAUACGUUUGGUCUGAAACGGCAGAAAAGACAUUUCUAAUGUUACAGUAGAUUCCUAUUUCAAGAAAUGCUGUUACUUUGAUCUUUCUAUUAAUCAAAGAAUCCUGAAAAAAAAAAA